AUGCCUGACCUAUGGUGGUCGAAGAAUCUAGACAACGCAAAUGGAUAUUUUGGUUGCGAGGCUACUCGUGAGGGAGGUUUGAUAACUGGAUUCAAUACCUGGUCGUUCUUUGAGGUCAAACACCUGCCACGAAGAUCGAAGUACUACUGGUCUAAGAUCAACGUAUUCACAAGAUGGCUUCCUUCGACAAAACAAACUUGUAUCUUAUUGUUUGAUCCGACCGAUGAUCUUGAAACGCCUCUUCUAAACCCCGAUCCCAGCCAACUAAAUGACCCCUUUGGAGUUUAUUCGGGUAUUUUAGCAGAAGUUGCCCGUCUUCAAGAGAACGCUGUAUGGGGAAUCCGCGACCAUGUUCGAGAUAUCGAAAAAGCAGAGACUCCUUCAAAAACUAAACCCCAGCCUAACUACCGACAACUCCACGACAUAGCCCGCCAUGCAAUCCAUGUUACCGAAUCACUUGAUGUCGCUGUACAGAACGUAGACCAUAUAAUCAAGCAACAUGAACUAUAUGCCAGUUUAUGGACCGAGGGUUCCACACCAGACAUUCGCCAACACGCCUCUUUCCAAGAUACGUCGAGCCGUUUAUCGUUCUUUCAAAGCCAUAUUGAAAGUAUUCGACAUCGAUCUAUAUCGAAUCAAAAACGACUACAGAACGAAAUUCAACUUGCUUUCAACAUUGUCUCUCAACACGAUACGAAGCUUACUGUCGAGAUCAGUGCUGCUGCACGGUCGGAUAGUGCUACCAUGAAAACACUCGCUUUCGUCACUCUGACCUUUUUACCGCCAACUUUUAUCUCUGCUAUAUUCACGAUCAAAAUCGCCGAUUACCUCUUCACCAGACUUCGCCAAUUAGGCAUCGAGUUGAUAUUCGGAGUACCUGGGGACUGCAACCUCCGACUUGUUGACUUCGUGGAACCAUCAGGACUUCACUGGAUAGGGAAUUGCAACGAGUUGAAUGCCGCGUACGCUGUUGAUGGAUACGCGAGUAUAAAUGGUCUCUACGCUCUCAUUACCACCUACGGGGUUGGCGAGCUUUCUGCAAUUAACGGGAUUGCAGGCGCAUUUGCGGAAAAAGCCGGAGUUAUUCAUAUUGUCGAGGCACCAGAUCGGCCCAUUUCCUUGAGCAGUAUCAUAAGAAGAACCGCUCGGAAUGAUCUGGCAAGUCGUAUCGAGGAGUCUGCCUAUCUCGGCCGGAAGUUCGAGUUAGAAGAGCAGUCACACUGGUAUCCGCUUCGACGGCGACUGUGA